GUAGUCUAAUGCACUGAAUUCUUCCAGUUUACGUCGCCAGAAUUUUGCCCCACAACAACCGAUGAAUGACCAAGGUGUGCCACAAAGGAAGCAAAGAAGGUUGAAGAAAGAUUUUGGACGUUAAGAUACAAAUUUACGCAACUAGUACUGUUUAUCGAGGAAAGUCGUACUGUCAAAUAGUGCAAGAUAGGCCAGAUCUUUUGCCUAGCGUUGGUUCAAAAACUGUGCCAGCCGCAAUGGAAAUAAGAGAAGAACGCCCCCUAUUUUCUUUCGGAAUCAUUGCAGACGUCCAAUAUGGAGACCUUGACGAUGCUAAGAACUUUACUCAGACCAAGGUGAGGUAUUACAGAAAUGCCCUCUAUCUCUUACGCGAGGCGGUGCAGCACUGGAAAGAAGGGAACAAAAUCCAGUUUGUGCUUCAACUUGGUGAUGUAAUCGACGGGUUCAACACAAGGCACAAAAACUCCGAAAACGCUCUACGUGACGUUUUGAGAGAAUUCGAAGGCGUUCCUUUCACGGUUCAUCACAUAUGGGGAAACCACGAGUUCUACAACUUCUCCAGAAGCUACCUCAUGAAGUCUUCGCUUUUCACCGCUCAGGAAACUCAAGAAACCGCCAACAAUGUUCAAAAAGUUGUGAAGAAAGAAGCAGACGCUGCUUACUAUGAUUUCUCCCCUUACGAAGGCUACAGAUUCAUCAUUCUGGAUAACUACGACAUCAGCAUGUGUGGAAUCGGUAGGGACAAAGAUUCGCCACAAUACAAGGAGGCAGAGAAGAUCCUGAGAGAACGGAACAGAAACGAGGAACUGAAUUCACCGGAGGGUCUGGUCGGGCUCGACCGUAGGUUCGUCAUGUUUAACGGCGGCAUGGGAGAAGAACAGCUGCAGUGGCUACGUGAGACACUAGAGGUCGCUCGACAACGAGGGGAGAAGGUCGUUGUGUCAGGACACGUCCCAGUGCAUCCCGACUCCUGUUAUGUCAUGUGUCUCCUGUGGAACUAUCAAGACGUCUUGAACAUCCUCCAAGACUUCUCCGACAUCGUCCUGGCUUACUUCUGCGGCCACGAUCAUGAGGGCGGGUACCACUACGACUCUGGGAACGAGAUCCAUCACGUGACCCUGCCGGGGGUUGUUGAGGUCCCGCCCGGGAGUAACGCCUUCGGUACUGUGGACGUUUUCACAGACAGACUCGUCAUGCACGGGGUGGGGCAACUGGACAGUAGGGUCAUGAAAUAGACCAGUGUCAUGCUUUAAUUUUGUUAAAGGCAUCCAAUGCAAUUUAAGGCAGCCAAACUGUAUCUGUUACAUAGUGAAACCUUGGUAUUACUAGUAAAAUUGAAAAGGGAUAAAAAUUAACCUUGUACAAUAGCUACCACCACUUCAACAUAAUUUAUGAAAAUCCUUGUAUUCUGUGUUGAUAUCAGCUGGCACGAUGAUACCUCAGAACUAUGUUAUGAGAAAAUCAAAUACUAUACAUAGAUAUAAUUGCUGGACGGUUUGUUUAUUGAUUAUUGAUAAUUUUGUAACUGCUUGCAAUUGUCAAUCUUUUACUUGAGAUAUUUAUGAUCGUGUUGAUUUUAUCUUGAGAUUCUGUGUGUUCUAGAAAGUUGUUGAAUCAACUGAAAUUAAAGGGAUCAUGGCAACAUG